GCUCCUGGACAAGGAAAACGUGGUUGGAUGAUCCAACCCUGUCGGAGCCGUAUCUGGAGAAUGAUUGAGGAACAGUUAUAAUAGUAUAGACUAUAAAGACAGUUAAGUGGAAGCUGGUUGAAGCUUGUCCGGUUGCAAGUGGGUAUCCACCUGGCAGUCCAAUUUCUCUGCUAGCCAUAUCCACUUGCAUCAGCAACCCGUUUUGGAAACAGAGAAAAAAAAAUUAAUACAAAUAAGCUUUGAAGAAUAUAAAAAAUAAGCAGCCUCAUCUCCCCUUCUCCUAUUCUUCUUUCAUCAUUUCAUUUUAUAUAAUGGCUUACCAGUACAUAGUUGGAGGAGUGAUAGCUUCUCUUCUGGGGUUUGUUUUCUGGUACAAUUCUUUGGUAAGAGAACUCAAGAAGACAAGAACAUCAUCUAUGGAGUUCCCAGUGGAAAACCGUGUGAAGAAAACCGGAAACGGCGAGGUUGCUGGGGCUAUAGAUGUUAUCAUAGUCGGUGCCGGAGUUGCAGGUGCUGCUCUUGCCUAUACUCUUGGAAAGGACGGACGUCGAGUGCAUGUGAUCGAGAGAGAGUUAAACGAACCUGACAGAAUUGCUGGUGAAGGUCUAUUACCAGGAGGCUACGUCAAGUUAACUGAGUUAGGCCUGGAGGAUUGUGUAGCUGGGAUUGAUGCUCAGCGAAUUUUGGGUUAUGAUCUGUACAAGGAUGGAAAGAGUACCAAGAUAUCUUUUCCCCUGGAAAAAUUUCAGUCCCAUGUGGCUGGAAGAACCUUCCAUAAUGGACGCUUUGUACAAAAGUUGCGGGAGAAAGCUGCAUCUCUUCCCAAUGUAAAUCUAGAACAAGGGACAGUAACAUCUCUGCUUGAAGAAAAUGGGACUAUUCUAGGAGUGCAUUACAAAAACAAGAGUGGUCAAGAGCUGACAGCAUCGGCUCCCCUCACCAUUGUCUGCGAUGGUGGAUUCUCAAAUUUGAGACGCUCUCUCUGCUACCGUAAGGUUGAUAUCCCCUCUUAUUUUGUUGGUUUGGUUCUGGAGAACUGUAAACUGCCGCAUGCAAAUUAUGGAGCUAUUAUACUGGAAGAUCCUUCACCUAUCUUGUUUUAUCCUAUUAGCAGCACUGAAAUUCGUUGCUUGGUUGAUGUACCUAGCCAAAAACUACCUUCUGUUUCAGGUGGUGAAAUGGCCCAUUUCUUAAAAACUGUGAUAGCUCCCAAGAUUCCUCCUGAACUAUACACUGCCUUUAUCUCUGCAGUAGAGAAGCAGAACAACAUAAGAACUAUGGCGAAUAGAACCAUGCCAGCAGCUCCACUCCCUACUCCUGGUGCACUUUUGAUGGGUGAUGCAUUCAAUAUGCGACAUCCUAUAACCGGAGGAGGAAUGACUGUUGCACUAUCUGAUGUUGUUGUGAUAAGGGAUCUUCUAAGACCCUUGCACAAUCUAGGUAAUGCAUCGGCAGUUUGCAGAUAUCUUGAAUCUUUUUAUACCCUGAGGAAGCCAAUGGCAUCUACGAUAAAUACGUUGGCUGACACCCUACACAAGGUAUUUAGUGCCUCGUCUGAUCCUGCAAUGGAGCAAAUGCAACAAGCAUGUUUCGGCUAUUUGAGUCUUGGAGGCAUAUUUUCAAAUGGACUAUCAUCUCUACUCUCUGGUCUGUACCCUCGUCCAUCAAGCUUAGCAUUUCACUUCUUUGCCAUGGCAGUGUAUGGUGUUGGCCGGUUGUUACUUCCAUUUCCUUCUCCCAACCGCAUUUGGACCGGGGCUAAACUGAUUUGGGUUGCAUCAGGUAUCCUUUUCCCCCUUAUAAAGUCUGAAGGAGUCAGACAAAUGUUUUUCCCUCUAACUGUGCCAGCAUACUACAGAGCUCCUCCCCUCUAAGAAAACAGAUUCAAGAAAUCUGCAGCAACAAGCAUCUACAGACAUUCAAAGAAACUUUGGUCAUUCCGAGAGUCUAACAAUUCCAAGUUCACAAGAAAAUUUCCUGUCUGCUACUCAGCAACUUGUUGAGCAAGUAAAAGAAGAUGCUAUCUUAGCAGAGAUCAUCAAACUUGCUGCAAUCCUUCUCGAAAUCGUCACAAGAGCAGUUAUCCAUUGGAUUCUAGAAACCCAAUUUACAAAAUUUGCUUUUGUUUUUUGUUUUUUUUUGCUGAUUUUAAUGAAAAUAGUGUCGAGUCAGUUUUUGAGUA